ACCAGUUUGACGGAAAGCGCGCCGUAGGGUGGUUGUGUCGCUUUCUUUCGUGAAGUAACGUUGUGAUUAUCAAUGUUUAUAAACAGAAAACAUUGAGAUAACUAAACUAGUACAUCUAUUUAUGAAUAAAGCAUAAAACUUUAGUAUAUUUGCUCGCAAAUUCUUUCGUUUGAUCGUGAUUUCUUGUGAAUUUGUACGUUAUAUUCGAGUGUGUAAUCUUGUGUAUCGGUGAGAACUCAGAUUCGUCGGACGGUGGUUUAAAAUGUGAAACAAAUGUGUUGUUAUUGAACACUUGGGACUGAUGAGGACCUUUACCUGUAUUUAACGUAGGAAGGCCCUGGAGACGUGAAGAUGAAGUGGUUAUUUUUCGUGUGCCUGCUGCCGGCGUGCCUGGCACACCUCAAUGUUUACCUGAGCAGUGCUGAAGUCUGGAGACUUUUGGGUUUAACAGCAGAGCUAUUCUACGUGAGAGAUGGGCAGAUUAACUUCUAUGCACUGAACUUCGUAGUCCCCGUGCCAGCUACUAUAGGAGAACUGCACUUCACUUGGCAAAGCCUUACCAGAAGACCGUUACCUUACAAGCUGGACGUAGAAGUAGUGUCGCACUCGGAAGCGAUGCACCCGCCGACACUGAACAUCACAACCGAGGGAUUCGUGCCGACAGAACCGCAAACAUGGCGCGUCGACUUGCCUUGUACGCACGCGGUCGCCGCCGAGGUGGACAUUAUCAUAUCGCUUAACGUGUCGACCGGUUCCUCGUCUACCACUUUACAUUUUCGCCGAAGAAAAAUAUGUCUGAAAGAUUCCCCGAGGCCGGCGGUGAGGGUAGACAGUGUUCCGCAUUCGGCGACAUCGGCGGAUAUAUUCUACGCGGGGGCGGGUUGCGCGGGUGGAGCACUAUUGAUAGCGGCGGUGGCUGCGGCUGCCUGCAGGGCUCGCGCGAGGAAACUGAGGCGCGCGCGUAGUGACGAGCAAGACGCACACGCCUUCCUACCUGAUUCCUCGUGCAAGUCCGCUGCUAGCUACACCAGCUACCGCCGACCAACCUCGUUGCCCGCGGCAGCGGCUGAGGAGCGUGCCAGAGACCUACAACAGAGAAUAGCGGAGCUCACGAUACAGCGAUGCCGCGUCAGACUCCGCUCCGUGGCGAUGGAAGGCACAUUCGGCCGCGUCUAUAGAGGCACUUAUGCUGAUGAAGAUGGAAGAGAACAAGAAGUUUUGGUGAAGACUGUUGCUGAACAUGCGUCGCAGGUUCAGGUAAUUAUUGUCUCGCUACUACUUCAAGAAGGAUGUAUGCUUUAUGGACUUCACCAUGAACGAGUGCUCUCAGUCCUCGGCGUUAGCAUUGAGGACCAGACAGCGCCAUUCUUGCUGUAUCCUUGGGGAGCUGGGUGGAGGAACUUGAAGCAGUUCCUGCUGGCUUGCCGGGGCGUGACGGUGGGGGGAGCGGCGGGGGGCGCUCCACCACCGCCGCUGACUACCCAGCACGUCGUCCGAAUGGCCCUUCACGCUCUGGACGGUCUAUCGUACCUUCAUUCGCAGCACGUUCUUCAUAAAGACAUCGCUGCGAGAAAUUGCGUUGUGGAUGAGAAUCUCCGAGUAAUGAUCGCGGAUAACGCGUUAUCACGGGACCUGUUCCCGGCUGACUACCACUGUUUAGGAGACAACGAGAACCGGCCGAUCAAGUGGCUGGCUCUGGAGGCGCUGACCAAGAGACAGUUCAGCCCGGCGGCGGACGUGUGGGCGCUGGGCGUGUUGCUAUGGGAGCUAACCACGUUGGCUCACCAGCCCUACGCUGAGGUGGACCCGUUCGAGGUCGCCGCGUACCUUAGAGAUGGGUACCGGUUGCAGCAGCCUGCCAAUUGUCCAGAUGAGCUGUUCGCAGUGAUGGCGUACUGCUGGGCCAUGUCACCCGACGACCGGCCAACGUUGCCUCAACUGCAGAUCUUCCUCCGAGACUUCCACACGCAGCUCACGAGGUUCGUGUAACCUGCAACUUGAACCCAAAGACGACAAUAAAUAGACUAUAAUAGUGAACAGUGUUUAUUGGAAGACUGUGGCCUUAAGGACAAGUUACCCUUGGUAUCGUGGAUGUUAUAGAGACUGAUUUAUAUAAAGUGUUUAUUAUUGUGUUAAUUAGAAAUGCUGGUUCGUUGUUGUUUAGUGGAUUAGAUUGUGGUUUUGGACUUUUUUUUACUUUGGAAAUAUUGUUUUGGUUACAAGCUAUUUAUUUAUCUUUUGGUUUCAGUAGAGUUUGAGUUAUUAGGUUUAUCAUUCCGCGCGUAAAGUGUAUCUAAUAAAAAAUCUUAGUUCAGACUACAAAUAUAUUUCAUAUAAGUAGCUACUGAACUGACACAUACAUACAAAACUCACGCCUAUUUCCCACCGGGGUAAGCAGAGACUAUGGAAUUCCAUUUGCUCGAUCCUGACAUACUCCUCUUGUUUCUCCCACGUGUGGAAUCAAUCGCAUACACACGCCAUACCGCAUAUACGGUUCAGAGUAGAUCGUACUAAACCUUUUCUAAGGACAUCCCCAAUUUGGUCAACAGACAUUUAUCUAUAGAGAUAAUUAAUAAUAUAUAAUUUGUCGCUCAAAACAAUGUUUCCUCAAGCAGCAUCCUAAACAGACCAGAGUCUAAGACACUCGACAACAAGAUAACGUAUUGUUUGACACCUCAUUACUGCCAUAUUAGUGUAAGAAAUUAUGUAAAUAUUAGUUAUAUACAUAUGUGACUGUACUGUACAUUAUGACAUUUAUAACGUAUAUUGAAUGUGCCUCAGAGUUUAUUAAAGAUAUAGAUGUUUAUAGUUUAAGAAUAUUAACUAAUUAAGACUGGAUAGUAUCAAUUAAUUAUAAUAAAUUAUGACUACUUCUAAUCCGAGGUUCUUGUUUGAAAUCAAUGUUAAAUUAAAACAGUUUUCUUUGUCAAUGCCAAGUGCCAAAUGUUGUAAUGAAGUACGGGUCUGGGCACAUCUUACGGAGUGAUAAUGCGACUACAAAAAGAUUUUUUUUACCUUUUUUUAGAACCUUGUAACAAAAUGUCGGAAUGAAGGUAAGUCAAGCUCACGCCAAGUUCGUAUCGGUGCGGGGCGGAGAAUGUCCCUUCUAUGCGUAGUAUUUUUUUUACUCUAUACAGGAUGCUAUUGACACCGUAACGAGUACUAAGGGGGAUGAUUCAGACCACGAUUCUGAGUUAAUAUCAAAUGAAAUUUCCUGUCGGAAAAUUCAUGAAAGCUUUAGUGUUUUUUUUUAAAUAUUUUCAGUUCUAUACUUUUGCGAUGAAAAAUUCCACUUGAUAUCAACUCAAAAUCAUGGUCUGAAUCAUCUCUCAAAGUUUUCGUUACGAUGUUACUAACACUCUAUGUACUGUAUGUAUGUUUGCUAAGUUUGGUUACUGCAGACCUUUAAUACAUUUGUGCCAAAAUUAUACCUACGCGUAAGAAAUAAACAAAGAAAUAUGAAUCUAGAUAGUGGGGACUGAAACAUUUAAAUUGAUUAAGUACCUAAAAAUUUUAACACGAUGGCAUCAACUACUUGGCCGGACAAAUAGGGAGCGCUGAGAGCUCCCACCCGGUAUUUUAGCAGCGAAUUUUGACUGAAUGAAUAAAAUUUAUAGUGAAUAGAAUUUUGACAAUCUUAUAUAAUACUUAUAUUGAGGCUGGUUUACAAAUACUCUUCUACUUGUUCUGUAGAUUAUUCACAAUUUUUUUCUAAAUAAAUAUUCUAUACUAUCUACUCGUAUACCUUGCGAACUACGAAAUUUCUUAGUGAACUGGGGGCUAAUUCUAUAAAAAAUGCGCCUUAUUUUUAAGAAUACCUACUUAACUUUAUAAUUGUAAAUAUUUUUGAUAAGACAAAGAAAAAACUCAAAACAGUGGCGCCUACAUCAAGUGGAAAAAAACAAGCAACUUUUGACAAGUAGGUUUUUGUUCGUCGAUUUCGUGUUGAAUAUUCCAUUUUUAAAUAUUUAAAUACCGUCAUUAUAUACUUUUUAGUAGAAUUAACUCCAGUUCACUUAAAUACCUAAAGUAUUGAUUCAUUGGUGUAUCUUAAAUUAUAAUAAUUAUAUACGAUCACGAGUACUAAUAUGUAUAACACUUUGAUACCAUGUCACAUUAACUUUUUUGACAAAUCAAACCAUAAGUCUCAUUAAAUGUCAAAUAUGAUAGUGCGACAGGAUUCUAAAGUGGGUAUAUGAUAUUGCUCAUGACUCUACCCUAUGGGACAGUAGGUUUUAUGAUUGUAAAUGUGUAAAUAUACGGUUGUUAAGAAACACAAAUGUGAAUAUACGAGUGAUUAUAUUGAAA